GUCAAUUGAAGGGGCAAGAUUUUGAUUGUCUUAGAUAUCUGAAGAAUUCAUUCAACUAACUUUAGACAUGUUACAGAUGCUUGAUGAUUUUGUGGAUGUGACCAAAGAUGAAAAGCAAAUGAUGCAUCUGUGGAACUCAUUUGUUAGAAAGCAAAGGGUGUUGGCAGAUGGUCACAUCCCUUGGGCAUGUGAGGCCUUUUCAAAGCUGCAUGGUCAGAUGUUUGCCCAAGCACCAGCCUCGUUGUGCAGGUGUUGGAGAUUAUUCAUGAUGAAGCUGUGGAACCAUGGCCUUGUUGAUGCGCGUACAAUUAACAAUUGUAACCUAAUAUUAGAGCAGUUCCAAAGCCAAGACAGUGAUUCUACUAGAAGUUGAAUACCCAUUUGACAAUUUGUUACCAUCUAGCAAUGGAUUUGGUAGAGAUGCAGCUUUGUGACUGGAGCUGCAUCUCGGAAUUUUCAACAUCUGUUUCUCUAAUGUUAUUGUGGCUAGAUGACACUCUUCUGUAUUUUAAGAGUAAUAUAUGCUAAAUUAAUGUUUUAUAGGGGACAUAUAGAGGCAUCUGAUGUUCUAAAUUGGAAAUCAAUGAUUCACAUUGUUCAGAGGCUCUG